AUGUUCCUCCUUGUCCUGGCAGAGAUCUUGCUCCUUUGCUCGCCGCUGGCCGAAUCGCACCGUCCAACAUAUGCUAAAGGCAUAUCUGGAGCGCACGGCGGGCAUGGAAGAACGUCGGCAUUCCUGAAGGCGCCUAGACACCUGCCUGUAUUCCGAGAUGGUGACGGUCGCGGCUUGGGUCACACGGAUCUUGCUUUCAGGCCCGCAAAAAUCGAGCUACGCGUUCCGAGUACGCAGCUAGGUGCAGGAAAAUGUGACUGGCGGCUGCCGAAGUGCGACACUACGCGGGACUGGGGCACAGACACAACGGGUCGCGACCACCCGCCGCAGCAGCAGUCGACAAGCAUCGGCCCAACGACUUCACUAGCAGCCAUCUCAAACACUCUUCCGUCAGUUUACGACUGGAUAAAUAACCAAAAGGAUGCCAUUCGGAGCCUAAAGGAAUCCUUUAAGCAACGUUUCACGAGUCCAGGAACCUACCUUGCCCGGGUCUGCAGGGAGUCCAUGGCCUCAGCAGAACGCGGAUGCAGGAUAGUAUCGAAGGAACUGCAUACGUGGUAUCUCAAGGCAUGCAACCUCGGGUUUAAAGGAAUUAUCGCAUUUAGCCACGAUCCGAUCGCCAACAUAAUACGGGUCGUCAGUUUCGCCUAUGCACUGGAUUGGUGGGUAGCGCCUAAUAGCCUAAGGAUGCGAUGCGACAUGAACCCGAUCGAUGUUUUCUCCAAAGGGCAGUACUACCGAUUAUUCACGUCGCUGUUCAUGCAUAACGGAGUUAUACACAUGCUGCAAAACGUCAAGUCGCUCUGGGCCGUGGGUACGGAGGCUCUUGCGCUGCUGGGGCCGCGACGGCUGCUCGCCGUCUAUUUGGCAUCGGGAAUAAUCGCAAACUACGUCAGCUAUAUAUACAACUUCGCUUACAAAAAUGGCUUGCCCGCAGACCUCGCAAAAAUGACACAGGCGGUGGUACGCAGGGUAGGGCAAACCGGCAGGUCGACCUCCAGCCUGGUGGAAAAGGUCGUCGACCGCAUUCGCAACCGCUAUGAAGGGGCCUCGCUACCCGUAUUCAUGCUGUCAUACGCCAACACGACGCUCUUCCAUCUGGUGGACGGCGCCGCUGGCGCACUGCUGCCGUUUGUCAAGAGGGCACGGCAGGAAACCAACGACCCAGAGGUCGAAAACGCCGUGAACGCGUACAUCAGGCGAAAAAUUGAGAAACGACGUGCAUGUGGAGCUUCAUCGGCUAUAUACGGUUUAAUGGGUGCGAUUUGCGCCUGCCACCUGCGCUUCGGCGGAGCCGCCGAGAGGAAGCGGGUGGUCGAGGUAGCCACAUCGGCGCUCAUACAGAACCUGGUGCCUUUCGCCGGGGGAAACGUCGAUCACGUGUCGCACCUCGCCGGCUUUUUGGCGGGGAUGGGGCUAACGCUGUCGAUGUAG